AUGUCGUCGGAAGAAAAUCAAUUCAAUGUUCAAGGAUAUAACAUUGUUACAAUGCUCAAAAGGUUGGAGGCAGCUACAUCUAGAUUAGAAGAUAUCAGUAUCUUUCAAACUGAUAAUAGAUCAGACGGACAAUCUAUGAGAUCGGUUGGUCAGGGUCAAGGAGCAGCGGCGGCAGGACAAUCGGUGCAAAAGAAUGAAGCUAAGGCGGUCGAAGGCGGCGAGCAGGAAGAAACGGUGCCUAAGUCAGUUGUUGAGUUCAAACAUUUCAUUGAGAAAAGCAUUAUUCCAUUUGUGAAGAGCUCGCAAGCGAUUGACGAUUUAGUGGGAAAGGCAGCAGAGACAUUCGAACAGGCAUUCCAGGAUCAAUUACAGUUUUUGAGCAUUGUGGCCAAGAGUAAGAAGCCUGAGAUGUCGGAUCCGGCAUUUAUGGAGGUUUUGAAGCCAAUUAACGAGAAGAUCGAACAGAUCAACCAGGUCAAGGAUUCUAAUAGGGGAUCGCAGUUUUACAACCAUUUAUGUACCAUAUGUGAAGGGGCUCCGGUUUUAGGAUGGGUUGUGGGUGAUACGCCGAUGUCGUUGAUCCCAGAAUUUAAGGACAGUUCGCAUUUCUGGUCCAAUAGGGUCAUGAAGGAAUACAAGGAGAAAGACCAAAGACACGUUACAUGGGUGAGCCAAUUCUUGAACAUUUUUGAAGCAUUAAAGGUGUAUGUGAAGGAAUUCCAUACCACGGGUCCAUCGUGGAACAAUGGCAAUGGUAAACCAUUAGGUGACGUGUUAGCUAGUGCUAAGGGUGUUGGUGCUCCAAGUGGAGGUGCCCCACCACCACCACCACCUCCUCCUCCGGCCGGGAUCUUUGAUACCGAUAACUCGCAAAAUUCCCAGUCGUCUGCGCCAGCUGGUGGUAUGAAUGCUGUUUUCGCUGACUUAAACAGGGGUGAAAACAUCACGUCUGGUCUCAAGAAGGUCGAAAAGUCCGAAAUGACCCACAAGAAUCCAUCAUUGAGACAAGCGGCCCCACCGGUGUCCAAGAAGCCUACACCACCCAAAAAGCCUUCGAGCUUAUCGUCGAGUCUGAAUCUCGCGGAGCCAAAGAAAAAGCCUGCCAAGAUGGAAUUGGUCGAUGGCACCAAAUGGAUCAUCGAAAACUUCACCGAAGCCGAUGUCCCAUCGCAGCAACCGCUCGUGGUUGAGGCCGAAAUGCAACAAUCGGUCUUCAUUGGCAAUUGCAGCGGUAUCACUGUCCAGGUCAAGGGCAAGGCCAACGCCAUCUCGGUGUCGGAAACCACCAAAACCGGUGUCGUUGUGGACUCGUUGAUCUCGGGUAUCGACUUCAUCAAGUCCUUCAAGUUCGGCUUGCAAGUCGUCGGAACCGUCGCCAUGAUCAGUGUCGACAAGUCGGACGAGGGUAGCAUAUACUUGUCGCAACAGAGUAUCGAUGCCGAUGUCCAGAUCUACACCAGUUGUGCUACCUCCUUGAACGUCAACGUAUUGAAGAACGAAGACUUUGAAGAGCUCGCCAUCCCUGAACAGUUUAAGCACUCCGUCAAAAACGGUAGGUUGGUCAGCGAAGUCGUUGAACACGCCGGUUAG